AUGACGGUGGCGCAGAGAAGUGUGGGGCGUAUAUCCCACAUAAUUAUAUCGGUCGGUGAGGGCGUCUAUUAUCAUUACACCAGGAGAGGGUUGCCCGAGGAUCAGCGAGCGGCCGCCGCGAGUAGUAUGGUGUCCGAAGCGGAUGCCCGCAUAAAGGACCCGGUCAAUGGCUGCGUCGGGGAGAUAAAUGGACUUCGAGCAGAAGUAGAGAUGCUUCGGGGCCUGCUCGCCGAAUGUGAGGCCGAGGUGGCCCGUCUGAAAGAACUGGUCGAGACAGAAACUCGAACUAUUCCUCCUCCUUCUGAACGCGUUGUCGAAAAACUGGGUCAAUCCAUAUCUAAGGACCUGAAAAGAGUGGAUGUAUCUGCUAUUGAAGGAGGCAAUACUGCUGAGCAGAGUGAUUCUAAGCCCGAAUGCAAUGGUGAUGUAGAUGCUGGAGUACUUGCUAAGCCUAAGAAACUGAUUAACAAUAAUGACCCUCCUGUUGAAUUGUCACAACUUUCAAGGCAGAGUUCCUGGAAGCAACCCAUGGAUCCAAGACAGCCGAAAAGUUCUCCACUUCCUAACAAAAAGCCAGGUUUAAUCAGUCAGAUCUCCUUGGAUUCAAAGUCAGUGAAUAAGAAGCAUCUUGCCCCCAAGAAGCAAACGAUAAUUAAUUCUACCUAUCAAGAUACAUCAGUUGAGCGCCUGAUACGUGAGGUGACCAAUGAGAAAUUUUGGCAACAACCUGGGGAGACUGAUCUACAGUGUGUUCCUGCUGUAGAAGAGUACAUCAGAGUAUUUGAGCCUUUACUUUUUGAGGAAUGCCAUGCACAGCUUUAUAGUACAUGGGAGGAGUUAACUGAAACAAUUUCGAGAGAUACACAUGUAAUGGUUCGAGUGCAGAAUAUCGAAAGGAGGGAAAGGGGAUGGUACGAAGUGAUGGUUCUUCCAAUAAAUGAGUGCAAAUGGAUGUUUAAGGAGGGGGGUGUUGGGGUCCUUUCAACCCCUAGGCCUGGAUCAUUCAGAUCCAAAAGAAACAAUUUCUCUGUCAAUGGCGAGGGGGACGAGCAUGAGAUAACUGGACGUGUGGCUGGUACGGUUAGGCGAUUUAUGCCUAUUGAUACUUGUGACCCUCCUGGAGCAAUCCUUCACUUCUAUGUCAGCGAUUCUUAUGAUCCCAGCAGUGAGGGCAAUGAAGAACACAUCUUAAGGAAAAUCCAGCCUAGAGGCAUCUGGUAUUUAACUGUCCGGGGCUCUCUUGCUACCACUCAACGGGAGUAUAUUGCUUUGCAUGCAUUUCGUCGCCUUAAUUUGCAGAUGCAAACAGCGAUACUUCAGCCUAGUCCUGAGCAGUUUCCUAAUUAUGAGCAGCAGAUCCCUGCCAUGCUGGAGUGCUUCACUCAGAAGUUUGCAGAACACUUAAACAGGACCUUUAACGGACCCCAACUGUCAGCAAUAAAGUGGGCUGCUAUGCAUACGGCUGCUGGUACAAGUAGUGGGACAACAAAGAGGCAGGAACCAUGGGCCUUCACUCUCGUCCAAGGCCCUCCAGGUACAGGCAAGACACAUACUGUAUGGGGUAUGUUGAAUGUGAUCCAUCUGGUUCAGUAUCAACAUUAUUACAACUCAUCGCUCAAGAAACUGGCACCUGAAAGCUGCAAGCAACCUAGCGAGGGCAGUUCUGAUAAUAAUGCAACUGGAUCAAUUGAUGAAGUUCUUCAGAGCAUGGAUCAGAGUCUUUUUCGGACUCUUCCGAAGUUCUGCCCAAAGCCUAGAAUGUUAGUGUGUGCUCCUUCCAAUGCAGCAACAGAUGAGCUCCUGGCUCGUGUUUUUGAUCGUGGUUUCAUUGAUGGGGAAAUGAGGAUAUAUAAACCUGAUGUAGCCCGAGUUGGAGUCGACUCACAAACACGUGCAGCUCAGGUUGUCUCUGUUGAAAGGAGAACUGAACAACUUCUUGCCAUGGGUAAAGAGGAGGUGUAUGCCUGGUUGCACAGAUUGAGAAGUAGUGAAGCUCAAUUCUCUCAGGAGAUAACCGAAAUUCAAAUGAAGCUCAACUGUGCAGCUGCUGCUAUUCGUUCUCAAGGAUCCGUAGGUGUGGAUCCUGAUGUUUUGAUGGCAAGGGACCAGAAUCGUGAUGCAUUGCUCAAGCAACUUGCUCAAGCAGUUGAGAACAGGGACAAAGUGCUGGUUGAGAUGUCUUGCAUCCUCAUUGUAGAAGUAAAGUUUCGUACCGGUAGUAAUUUUAAUUUGGAAGAGGCCCACGCCAGUCUUGAGGCAAGUUAUGCCAAUGAAGCUGAGAUUGUCUUCACUACUCUUUCAAGCAGUGGUAGAAAGUUAUUCUCUCGCCUUUCUCAUGGUUUCGAUAUGGUGGUCAUUGAUGAGGCAGCACAGGACAGUGAAGUGGCAGUCCUUCCUCCCCUUUCUCUUGGUGCUGCUAGAUGUGUUCUGGUUGGGGAUCCACAGCAGCUUCCUGCCACUGUGAUCAGCAAAGCAGCUGGGACUCUGCUAUACGGCAGGACUUUUGAGAGAUUUCAACAGGCUGGAUGCCCAACAAUGUUGUUGUCUGUUCAGUAUAGGAUGCAUCCACAAAUCCGUGAUUUCCCUUCCAGGUACUUUUACCAGGGACGCCUGAGCGAUAGUGAGAGUGUAUUGAAGUUACCUGAUGAGGUAUAUUACAGGGAUCCAUUGCUAAGACCUUACUUAUUUUAUGAUAUUACACAUGGUCGGGAAUCCCACCGAGGUGGUUCUGUCUCCUACCAAAAUAUACACGAAGCACAGUUUUGUCUCCGUAUAUAUGAGCAUUUACAGAAAACUCUGAAAUCUAUGGGUGUGGGGAAGAUUACCGUGGCAAUAAUUACACCUUACAAGUUGCAGUUAAAAUGCCUUCAAUGUGAAUUUGAGGAGGUUCUGAAUUCAGAAGUAGGGAAGGAUAUUUAUAUCAAUACUGUUGAUGCUUUCCAAGGACAAGAACGUGAUGUCAUUAUAAUGUCGUGUGUUCGUGCUUCUAGUCAUGGAGUUGGCUUUGUUGCAGAUAUUCGUCGAAUGAAUGUUGCUCUAACUCGUGCUAGGGGAGCUCUAUGGGUAAUGGGAAAUGCUAAUGCUUUAAUUCAGUCUGAAGACUGGGCUGCAUUGAUUGAUGAUGCCAAAGCCAGAAAUUGUUACAUGGACAUGGAUUCUGUCCCCAAAGAGUUCUACAUAUCCAAAGGACCAACUCUAGCUCCCCUUCCAGGUAAGGCUCCUUUGAAUUCAAGGGGUUUGAGGUCAAGUGGGUCGAGGCAUAGAUUGACAGACACAAACACAGAGCCCAGGUCAGUGGUGGCACCAGAAGAUGAUGAGAAGUUGCCAGCAUCCCUAAUCUCUAGGAAAGGAAAUUUCUGGCCUCUUAAGCCACCCGUGGAGAAUUCGCCGGAAGGUGUUGAUAUGGGUGACAGAUCAAGAGAAUCUUGGCAAUACGGUGCACAGAAGAAGCAGCAGGGUUCCUCUGGACCAAUGUGGAAGAGAGAUCACUAAUUGCUUGUCCUCUUUGUAUUUUGAUCUUUGCCAAACUCAAGCUCCACCUUGUGUUCUGUUUAUUAAAAAUGCGGAACACAGUGCUUGCCUGAGGGGGCGAAAAGCUCCGAUGGCUGGAGAUGUUGCUCAAACGAG